UUAUUAUUUAAAGACUUCUGCGAGACGAUGUUCCUGGAGCCAGUCCCGCAACUCAAGUUCCUAGAAGAGAUACGAAACUACGAGAAAAUAGAGAACGCCGAGGAGAGAAGGAAGCGCGCCAGAGAUAUUUAUGACAAUUUUAUAAUGAAGGAACUCCUAUCGAAUUCGCACCUUUGUGCGAGCCAGUCGAGUGAGGGGCAGCAUGGUAAGCUUUAUCAUGGGUCGGCCAGAGGCGGUGUGGGUAGAGCUCUGCUGACGGGGCUUUCUCCCUCGCGAUUUCUUGGGUUCUUCGCUCUGCCAGGGGGCGUUCCGUACGACCCACCACAGCGUUUGCAGCACCUGACUAACUACAACAAGGAUUCUGUUGAGUUCGUUCAGCAGCACCUCACAAAGAACGAGGUCCCCACCGACCUCUUCGAGCCGUACAUUGAAGAAAUCCUCAUGACUUUGCGUGGAGAGCUCUUCGAUCGUUUCGUUGAAAGUGAAAAGUACACCAGAUUUUGUCAAUGGAAAAACUUGGAGCUCAAUAUUCAGUUAACAAUGAACGACUUUAGCGUACAUCGCAUCAUCGGGCGUGGAGGCUUCGGUGAGGUGUACGGCUGUCGGAAGGCUGACACUGGCAAGAUGUAUGCAAUGAAGUGUCUUGAUAAGAAGAGGAUCAAAAUGAAGCAAGGAGAGACACUUGCUCUCAAUGAGAGGAUAAUGCUGAGUCUCGUCAGCACUGGCGUGGACUGUCCAUUCAUCGUAUGCAUGACUUACGCGUUUCACACUCCCGACAAGCUGUGCUUCAUCUUGGACCUGAUGAACGGCGGUGACCUCCACUACCACCUCUCCCAACACGGUGUAUUCGACGAGAACGAAAUGAAGUUCUACGCUGCCGAAGUCACUCUAGGCCUGGAACACAUGCACCGACGCUACAUCGUUUACCGGGACUUGAAGCCCGCGAAUAUCCUGCUGGACGAGCACGGCCACGUCCGGAUAUCUGAUCUCGGCCUCGCCUGUGACUUCUCAACUAAGAAGCCGCAUGCUUCUGUAGGCACCCACGGCUACAUGGCGCCAGAGGUGCUCAGCAAAGGCACGGCGUACGACAGCUCCGCGGACUGGUUCUCGUUCGGCUGUAUGCUCUACAAGUUACUUAAAGGCCACUCACCUUUCCGGCAACACAAGACUAGGGAUAAGCAUGAAAUUGACCGCAUGACUUUAACCAUGAACGUAGAACUGCCCGACACGUUCACCAACGAGCUGAGGUCGUUACUGGAGAGCCUCUUACACCGCGACGUCGACAAGAGACUAGGAUGCCGUGGCAGAGGAGCGGACGAGAUCAAAGAGCACGCAUUCUUCCGGAGCUUAGACUGGCAGCAGGUGUACGUGCAGCAAUACCCGCCGCCUCUCAUACCCCCCAGAGGCGAGGUCAAUGCUGCUGAUGCUUUCGACAUCGGCUCCUUUGACGAAGAAGAUACCAAGGGCAUUAAAUUGACGGAGGCAGAUCAGGCGCUCUACCAGAAUUUCCCGCUGGUGAUCAGCGAGCGCUGGCAGACCGAGGUGGCGGAGACUGUGUUCGAGGCCAUCAACCAGGAGGCCGACAAACAUGAGCUCAAGAAGAAAGCCAAGCAUAAACAUAAGUUCGACACCGACGAAAAAGAAUCGGAUUGCAUCAUUCAUGGAUAUAUCAAGAAGCUGGGCGGGCCUUUCACAUCGGCGUGGCAAACACGCUACGCAAAACUCUACCCUAACAGGGUUGAGCUUCAUGCUGAUUCAGGGUCCGGAAAACCUGAACUUAUUUUCAUGGACCAGCUGGAGGAAGUAUCGUCCGAUCUGGUGCAGUACAAAGGAGAAAACUGCAUCGUGCUCAAAACCAAAGAUAAUAAGAUCGUCCUCACAAACCCUGACGAGAUCGGUCUAAAGGAGUGGGCCAACUCGCUAAGAACGGCGCACAAGAUGUCCCUGGAACUGUUGAGUAACAUGGCCCGCAAAGCUGGAAAAAUUUACGGUGCUGCUUCUGAUGCCCCGGUGCCCGCAUGUCCAGGAGCAGCUGCAGCGGGUGCUCAUAAGGCGCCGCUACUUACUAGGAACGGUAAUUGAGUGCAAUGUAUUAAGAUCAUUUAAUCGCUGCUUAAAUCGCAAGCUAACUCAGAAUUUGAAGCAGAAAACCGCCACAAAAUUCAGCAUAUUUUCAUUGACAAUACGUCGUAUAGUUCCAUCAUCAGUUCUGCAAUAGUUCAACAAAAAUCUGGUGAAUCUUCGUGUCGUUUUAUUUAUUUUUUAAUACUUACUUGAAACUCUUCACAGUCUGACGCACUUCUUCAUGGGAUAAAAGUUUCUUGCUAGAUACAUACUCACCCGAAAGCCAUGUUUUCACUGUGAAAGUUCAAGACAAUUUUUGGAAACGAGCAUUCGAAUUCUCGCCUUAUUUACCAAAAAAUAUGAGCCAAUGUUGUGAAGAAACUGUCUCUGAGGGCUGCCCUUGUGGUCUCUAAUGUAUUUGUUUUUAGGGCAAAAACUUGGCUAACGGCGUGCAGUUUUUCCGGUGCUGACAAAAGGCUCGAGUUCGUGCAUAUUUAAUCUCAAAAUAUUUACGGCUAUUCGCAGUUCAUUACAUUGACGUUGCGCUACAAAAGAGUCAUCGCUCAUUUUGCUUGUCAACUGACCUUCAAAAGACAUUAUUCCUUAACCCUCUACCGCCAUAUGUCACUCUCCGGGAACAU